AUGAAAUCCCCAGAGGGAGCAGCAGCAGCAGCAGCAACAGCAGCAGCAGCAGCAGCAGCAGCAAGGAAGCCUUUAGUUGCGAAAGAGGCUCCAGUUUGGCGCCCUGAUGACGUAGAGAAGAUCGUGGCCGAGACCCUCGACGACCUCUUAAGAGGCCUCAACUACGAAGAAGUCCAGGCCAACAAGCUCCUGGACAAGAUCUGCGACUGCUGCAUGCAGCGCCUCGCGGGGCUGAAGGGUCCUUUUAAAUUUGUCGUUCAUGCAGCAGUUGCAGAAAGAGGCGCGGGCAACCUAACGUUUGCUACUGCUGCUCAGUUUGUUCAAGGGCACGAUGGUUAG